AUGUCAUCAAUUAUUUGCCCAUCUUUACUUUCUUGUGACUUUUCUCAUAUGGCUGAUGAAGCCAAUGCUGUCUUACAAGCUGGUGCAGAUGAAUUACACGUGGAUGUUAUGGAUGGACAUUUUGUACCAAAUUUAACUCUUGGUGCACCAAUUGUAAAAUGUCUUCAUAAUGCAAUUCCAAAGGCAUUUCUUGAUUGUCAUUUAAUGAUUGAAAACCCAAAACGAUGGGUUAUAGAUUAUGUUAAUGCUGGUGCAUCUCUUAUAACAUUUCAUAUCGAAGCAGUUAGUUCAAUUGAAGAAGCAAAAGAAAUCAUUGACAUGGUUCAUAGUAAAGGGGUUAAAGUAGGUGUUUCUAUUAAACCAAAAACACAGGUCAAAGUAAUUGAAGAUAUUAUCGAUAAAGUUGAUCGUGUUCUUAUUAUGACUGUUGAACCUGGAUUUGGUGGUCAAUCAUUUAUGCAAGAUAUGAUGCCAAAAGUAAAAGAAGUAAGAGAGAAAUGGCCAUCAAAAGAUAUUCAAGUAGACGGGGGUAUUUCAGAUAAAACCGUAAGAAUAGCAAAAGAUGCUGGAGCAACUUCAUUUGUAGCAGGUUCUUAUGUGUUCAAAGAAAAAGAUUAUUCAAAACCAAUUCAUUUGCUUAAAACUCUUUAA